AUGGACAACGGUAUGCGUCUUGUAUGCGAAUACAGAAAUACUUUUACAACCACCAUAGGAUGUUUUAUUUCAAAUGGUACAAUGUGUGAAAAAUCUGAAGAACGCGGUUGUACCCUAUUUUUGGAACAUUUACUUUUCAGGAGAACAAAAUGCAACAGCCAGGAACAAUUAGCAAAUCUAUUAGAAGAAAUUGGUGCAAGAGUUGAAGUUAUUGCUUUGCGAGAUAUGUUCCUUUUUUAUGGAACCGUAAUUUCAUGUAAAAUAGAGAAACUCAUUCAGUUAUUUGCAGACGUAAUUUUAAAUGGUGUAAUAUGUGAUAAAGAUGUUACCCUAGAAAAAUGCAGAAUUUUACAUGAACUUUUUCAGAUGACAUCAGACAAAGAAAAAGUUGUGAUGGAUUAUUUACCAAGUGUUGCAUAUGAUGGUACUGCUCUUGCUAACAGUGUGUAUCCUAAAACAAAUGUAAUAAAAAAAUUUUGUACACAAAGUUUAAUUGAAUUUCGAAGACGUUUGUUACAAACAUGUUUUAUAACAAUGAUAUGUACUGGAUCUGUUUCCUUGUGUGAAUUACAAAAAAUUGUUGGAAAACAUUUUUCUUGCUGUGUUGAUAAUAACAAAAUGCAACCUGAUAGAGAAACGCUUGAGUUCCGAUUCUCAGGUGAAACAAAUUUAUUGAUAUUUCUUUUUUAUUAUAUUUUUUUAUAAAUAUAUAUAGGAGUUGAAGGACCAAGUUAUAAACAACGUGAAGAUCAUUUAGCUCUUACUGUAGCUAAAGAAAUUGUAGGUUCUUGGGACAGAACAUAUAGUGGGAUGAAUCAUAAUGCACCAUAUAUUGCACACUUAGCAUACAAUACAAAUUUGUGUGAAUUGUACAAAUCUUUUUUUCAUAAUUUUGCAAAGACUACCAGUAUUUGGGGAUGUUAUUUUGUUUGUGACAAAUUAUGUCUUCAGUAUAUGAUUGGUACAUUACAAAGAGAAUGGAUGAAAUUAUGUACAACAAUAACUGAAAAAGAAGUAUCUCGUGCUGUUAAUCUAUGCAUAACAAAAGACUUAGAGAUAUUGAAUGAUCCAAUAAAUCAUUUUCUUAACAUUGUUGAAAGUAUUUAUAGAUAUGGAUGUUAUGAACCACUUGAACAAAGAAUUAUACAAUAUAAGAACAUAACAGCAGCCAAAAUAAGGGAAGUCUCUGAAAUAUAUAUCUAUGAUCAAACUCCAGCUAUUGUAGCUCUUGGUCGUAUUGAAAAUUUGCCAGAUUAUUGUCUAAUAAGACAUGGAAUGUAUUUGUUAAGAUACUAA